UGAAUAUUCAAAUUGCAAAUUGUCAGCGUUGUGGAGAGGACGAAGUUAAAUUCUACUUAAUAUUUUCACAUUGGGACAUCAUGGCGGCCCCAAAAGAGAUAGCAAAGAACUUGGAAGACUUUAAAGCAGCUCUGUGUGAAGUAGAGAAUGUAUUCGAGCCAAUGAAUUCUGUCAGCUUAGCCGAUAUCAAUGGAAAGCUGGAUUCAUUGGACAAGGCCAAAUUACAACUCACCUUUGCCUAUUCCAUCAAUUCCUUCUUCUGGAUGUAUCUGUGCACACAAGGCGUUGAUCCAAGGAAUCAUCCUAUCAAACAGGAAUUAGGCAGAAUACAGAAAUACAUGUCAAGGGUAAAGGAUAUUGCUGAUAAAAAGAAAGCUGCCAAACUGGAUAAGGGUGCAGCCAAGAGGUUCAUCAAGAAUGCUCUGUGGGAAAAUGAAGCUGGUAAAGAUAAGUCUCAAGCAACAAAGAGGAAAGUAGAGGAUGAACCAGCAGGCCCAUCUAAGAAAUCAAGAUGACCAUUGUCAUGUGGAUUAAAGACUCUAAAAGACACGGAUGGUUGAGAUCGACUUGCUUCCAGAGAUACACUGCAAACUGUCACUUUUUGUAUGGACCAUGGAGCAGAGGAAUAUCUCGAAGCUUCAGUGAUUCAGCAGCUGAGAAUCUUGGAAGAGACCAUAUUUUACAAUGAGCGACCAACAUGGGAGUAUAUGUCUCUACAAAUAUUUCAACGUGAUGAAAGAAAUGUUGACAUGAACCUGAUAUGUUGCAGCCUCUGAAGAUAUCUUUACAACUUUAAAACUGACAUUUACCCAUUGGAGGUUAUCUAUGUUUUGUAUUAUGUGCAGUUUAAAUGGGUUUACCGUAGAUAUUUUCUCAGGCUUCAACUUAACUGAUUAAACAAUGACGUAAGUGCCUAAUGUUUCAAAAUUGAUAAACAAAAGCAUUUUUCUUGUAAACACGCUGAAAAGUUUAAAGUUUUGGUUUAUUAUCUUUAGAAAUGAUUUAUUUGUGGAUUUUAACCUUUCCUGUUAGUAUACUACUUCAAACAGGUUUUAUCUUCUGAAAUCUUUCCUAUUUUCCUCUAUUGCUCUCUGUCUCCCUCUCCCCUAACCCUAUCUCUCUCUCUCUCUCUUCUCCUAUCUCUCUCUCUCUCUAUGGAGUUCUUGUAAAUUAUUAUAUCGAUGUCGUAUCUCUUGCUAAUUUCUGUAUAAUCCUCCUUUCUAUCACAUGCUUUUCUUCCAUUUUAAAUUCAUCCUUUUUCUAUUUCACCCUACAUACUCGGAAGAGAACCAAAUUGUGAUAUAAUCUGUGGAAUUUGACCUCAUAAUCUCUACCCUUCUUAUUUAGAGUCAAAGUGGGAUAUGAAAUGAAUUAUUUUAUUUUGUUGAUUGACUUUGUGGUCAAACCAAGGAGUUAUUGGGCCUAAUAAUAACUCCUUGAACAAACAAGUAGUAAUAACUACAGUCACAUGCUAUUUUAUGAAACUGCUUCAAUAUGAAACCUUUUAAUGUGGAAAUGACAAGUGGGGUGGGGGUGGGGUAGAAUAAGGUACAAUGUACUUUGGUUUCGUCAGUGUUAUCUUUGUUGCAUGGUUAUAAUUCAAGAUAGACUAUGCUACAAAUCCCAUUAAAUUUAUUACAUAAAAUGGCAUUUGUUUCUUGAAUGGCUGAUUA